AUGGCGGCAUUCGGAAGCAUCCUCAAGCGCCUCGAAGUCAAAGGCAACAACGACGAGUCUUUUGCCAAACAUGUCAAUCUCGAUAUCCGACCCCUAGAGCCGCACAGACGGACAUACGGCCCUUGGCAGUUCGUAACGCUAUGGGUGAUUACUGGAUCAUUCAAUAUAGGCGGAUGGACCACUGGCUCCUCGCUAAUCGCCCUUGGACUUAACGUCUGGCAAGCCAUGCUGACAGUCAUCAUCGGGAACGUCAUUGUUGGCUUUUUGUGCGUUGCGAGCGGCGCACCAGGCGCCAAAUGGCACAUCGGCUUCCCAAUCAUCCAGCGCUGCUCCUGGGGCACACGGGGCUUCAUUUUCAUCGUAAUCCAGCGCAUAUUCCUGGCCUGCAUCUGGUUCUCAACGCAGGUAUACUGGGGUGGGCAAUGUGUCCGGGUCUUUCUGACCGCGAUCUGGCCGUCAUUCGCCAAAGUCGACACACCCCUGGCCAACGGAACCAUGACCACGGGCGAUUUCGCAAGUUUCAUCAUCUUCACGAUCUUGUAUCUGCCCCUCGUAUGGAUCAAGCCGGAAAAGUACAAGAUCCCUUUCCUGAUCUCCUGCUCGGUGGUAAUUCCGACAAUCUUCGUCAGCUUGAUCUGGUUUACCGCGACGGCCAAGGGUGCGGGGACCCUCGUUCACGACGUGAGCGGACUCACUGGCAUCACACAGGCAAAGGGUAGCCAUCUCGGCUGGAUGAUGACCUUGGGUAUAUGCACAAACAUCAGCUCGAUCAGUGUGCAUAUCUUUGUGCAGUCGGACUAUACCCGCUACGCGAGGAAGCCGAAAGAUCAGAUCCUUGCGCAGCUGGUCAUGGUGCCGAUGGGCACGAUUGUCGUUGCGCUCAUCGGGAUCAUCUGCACAUCCUGCGCGGCACAACUGUUCCCUGAACAACAAGGAACUCUCCUGUGGGCACCUUACGAUUUGUUCAGUGCUCUUCAGCAACACUACAACAAUUCGUCUCGAUCUCGUGCCGCGGUGGCUUUUGCCAGUCUCUCAUUCCUUGUCGCCCAAUUCGGUAUGGUGGUCGCGAACAACGGUGUUUCCGCCGGGAUCGACCUGUCGGCUCUGCUGCCUCGCUUCUUCACGAUUCGCCGAGGCAUGCUGCUCAUGGCCGCUCUCGCCUUCAUUGUACAACCCUGGCAACUCCUCAAUGGAGCGAGUAAAUUUCUUACUGUGCUGGGAGGAUACGGUGUGUUCCUGGGACCGAUGACGGGAGUCAUGUUCGCGGACUACUUUCUCCUGCGCAGGCGUCUGGUCAAGCUUACCGACCUGUACGAGAACAAUCCGAGAAGUAUAUACUGGUACUGGCAAGGCAUGAAUUGGCGGGCACUUGUGGCUUGGGCAAUGGGGGUCUGGAUCAAUGUCCCUGGCUUUGCGGAGUUUGUCAAGUACGGAGCCACCAAGACACUGCCGGGGUGGUCGAACUUGUACGACAUUUCAUACCCGCUGGGCUUGCUGUUGUCUGUCUCGACGUACGUUGUCCUGAAUAAGGUGUCACCCAUCGCGGGUCUUGCGGAGGUUGAUGAUUUGGAUUACUUUGGGACGUUUGGGCCGGCCGAGACACGGUCAUUGAGUGGUGAGGAGGUCGAAACUGUUCAAGUGGGUGAGGGUAGGAAAGGGUUCAGUGGAGACAAGGACUUGUAA